AUGUCCGAGCUAUUCAAAGGACACAGUUUGAAUUUGGAAGAGGACUACGAUGUGGAUGGUGGGGCGUUUUUGAAGGAUAAGAUGGUAGCCCUCGUGUUCACCUCGAUCAACCCGCGGAGCAAGCGUUGCACCUCUUUCAACACCCUUCUCAAAGACCUCUACAAAGCCAUCAAGUCGAAGCACGAUGACUUCGAACUCGUCUUCAUUGUCAACAAUCUUCUGACGGUUCAUGAGAGACACUUCCCGUUCAAAUUCCCAUGGGUUCUCGCACCGUUCGGCGAGAAGGAGUAUCAAUCCUUCGCCAAAAACUAUCUCGUCAAGAACAACAACAUUCCGUGUCUCUUUAUCAUCAAGCCCAACGGAGACCCAGUUCUCCGUAUGAAACAGGAAGAUGUCCUUCAAAAAAUCGAUAAACCAGAUGCAUUGUGGCAGAAAUGGGCGGACGCUUAUAACGACCUAAAGCCAAAGCCGAUAAAUUAUCAGAAUUAUUCCCAGAAGCCGUCGUGGGUCAGACCUUUCAAGGAGGUUCGUGGGCCACGUCGGAAUGAGUGCAACUACAAGUACUAUACGUUGUAUGAGUACAAGUUUUGA